AUGAUAUCAAUGAUGGAAACAUCAACAACAGAAAAAAAAUCUAAUACAGAUAAUUCAAUUUUAAAGAAAAUUAUAAUUGAUUCUUGGAGGCAGAGAUUAUCACCAAUAGAAUGGUCUUUAAAAUUAUAUAAUGGAUUUUAUAAUAAUAAUAAUAAUAAUAAUAGCAACAAUAAUAAUAAUAAUAAUAACAAUAAUAAUAAUAAUAAUGUAGAUAAUAAUGAAAUAAAUUCAAUAGAACUUUGUGAAAUAUUAUUAGAUUUAAUGAAUAUAGGUCAAAGUCCAAGCCCACUAUUAGUUUCAUAUUUAAGAUAUGCAAUAUCGAUAAAGUUAAUAGGAUAUAAUGAAUUCUUUGAAAGUGUAUAUAAAUUCUCAAGUAUAUCAAGGGCACAACACUUUUCAGUGAUAUUAGAUAUAUUAUUUGAUGUUAUAAAUAUUAUAAACUACCCAUCACAUCAUCAAAAUAUUUUUAAUUCUGAUAACAUUGAAAACAGUAAUAAUAAUAACAAUAAUAAUAAUAAUAAUAAUAAUAAUAAUAGUAACAAUAAUAUAGGCUUUAAGGUGUCAUCAUUAUCAUCAUCAUUAAAAAGAAAUAAUUCAAAAAUAAUAUCAACACCAAUAGUGACAUUGCUUUCAUCACCAUCACCAUCAUCAUCAUCCUCCUCUUCAACUUCACCAUCAUCACAACAACCUCAACCACCACAACCACAACCACUAUCAUAUACUUCACCAAUUAAAAAAACAGUUUUAAUUAAAAAUCCAGAUUCUACAGAUUCAGAUGAAAUAAUGAAGGUUAAAGAAGAACCUAUUAAAUUUAAAACAACAACAACUACAACAUCAACAACCACUACCACCUCUACAACAUCAACGACUACUAAUGAAAUUUCAUCAUCACCACCAACCAAUGGUAAUGGUGAAGAAACAACAAUAACAACUAAAACCGAAGAUAGUAAUGGUAUUAAUGGUAUUGAUAGUGAAGAUCAUAAAGGUGAAAAUGGUAAAGCAUCACCUCAAAUGAAUGGUGUUCAUCCUGGUAGUGAUGGAAAUAUAUCACAUAAACGAAAAGAAAUGGAUUCUAAUACUAUUUUUGAUGAUGAUGAUAGCAAUGGUGUUGAUCAACAUUGUUCAAAUAAAAAAAUGAAACACACAGAUACAUUAACUCAACCGCAACCAAAACAAAUACAGAAUCCGCAACAACAGGAGCAACAACAACAACAGCAAGAAAAUAUUGAACAAAACCAACAUGGAAAUCUUCAUCUUCACCAACCAUCACAACAACAGCAACAACAACAACAACAAACAUCACAACCAUCAUUAACAACAACAACAGCAUCAGCAGUAACACAAACUACAACCACAGCAUCAACAAUUAACAAAUCAACAAAAGCAACAACUAAAAAAAACUAUCAUAAGCAAUUACUAUCAUUCACAAGGUUAGCAACACUUUUAUUUAAAGUAAUCGAAUACUACUUUCAAGAAGAUGAACGUAUAAAUAAUAUCAAUAAGAGUGUUAAUAAUAAUAAUAAUAAUAAUAAUAAUAAUAAUAAUAAUAAUAAUAAUAAUAAUAAUAAUAACUAUAAUAAUAAUAAUAAUGAUUCAAUGGAUCAAAAUUCAAAUAAUCCAGCAGUUAAAUAUAAUAGUAAUAAUAAUAAUAUUAAUAAUAAUAAUAAUAAUAAUAAUAAUAAUAAUAAUAAUAAUAAUAAUAAUAAUAAUAAUAAUAAUAAUAAUAAUAAUAAUAAUAAUAUUAAUAAUAUAUUAUAUAAAAAUUCAGUGAAAUCACUUGAAAUUUUAUCAAUAAUUCAAAAUAAUUCAACAUUUAAAACUUUGAUUUAUUUAGCAAAGUAUGAAUUUACUUUAAGUUCAUUCAAAGAUUUAGUUUUACCAUUUUUAGCAAUUCAAAAUUCAAUUAGAGACAAUAUUGUUAAACAAAAUAUACCAUCGACUCAAUUGAUUUCCUCACAAGUAAAGGGACAAGAAUUUGCAAGUCAACAAACACAAUUAUUAAAUCCACUCUUCCAGUUGAUAAAACAAAAGUAUCAAAAAUUAUUCAUUGAUUUCAGAAGGAUACUUAUCAAUAAACAAGAGAUAUUACCAAAUCAUGAUAUUGGUUCUUUGGUUCAUGGUUCAAGUCAAAGUGAUAAACAAAUCAUUCUUUCCUUUGAAAUUAUAAUUGAUCAAGAGAUUAAUGGUAAUCAUUUUAAAAGUUCUCAUACUAAAUUAGCAAUUAGUCGUGGUAAACCAAAUGAAUUAGAUACAAUUUUAAAUUUAAAAAAUAAUAAGAAUAAUAAUAAUAAUAAUAAUAAUAGUAAUGGUAAUGGUAAUGGUAUUGAUAUUGGUAGUAGUACUGAUGGUUCAAAUAAAUUAUCAAGUACAAAUAUUGAAGAGGGUAAUAACAACAACAAUUCAAGCACUCAUUUAAAUGGAAAUGAUCAAUCACAACAAUCAUUAGAUGAUGAAGAACCAAAACAAUCACAACAACAACAAUUACCACCACCAUCACCACCACAACAAUCUCACCAAAAAAUUCAAAUUCAAAAACAACUGCAAUUAAUUAGACAAGCUAAAAACCUUGAGAAUGUUUCAGAUUGUUUCUUUAAACUUUUAACAUUAAAAACAGUCAAAGGAUUAAGUGAUGUAGAGUUUUUAUUAGAGAUUGUAAAAAUUUUAUUUCAAAAACUUGUUAGAUGUAAUCCAAACUCUAAUGAAUAUAAAAAAACAAGAUUAUUCCUUUUAUUUAAAAUUCCUCAUUUUUAUUCAUUAAUGAUCGAUAAUUAUGGUAAUAAUAAUAAUAAUAAUAAUACCAAUACUAAUAAUAUCAAUAACAAUAAAAAUAAAAAUAGUAAAAAGAGUAAUAAUAAAAAUAAAAAUAAUAAAAAUAAUAAUAAAAAAAACAAAAAUAAUAAUAAUAAUAAUAAUAAUAAUAAUAAUAAUAAUAAUAAUAAUAAUAAUAAUAAUAAUAAUAAUAAUAAUAAUAAUAAUAAUAAUAAUAAUAAUAACAAUGGUGAAAGUAGUGAUAAGAAUGAAAUAAAUCCUGAAGGUAGCAUUGGUAGUAAUAAUAAUAAUGAUAAUGACAAUAAUGAUGAAACUAACACCAACACCAGCAGCAACAACAACAACAACAAUAAUAAUAGUAAUGAUAAUGAAAAUGUCACUGAUAAUAAUAAAAACAAUAAUAGUAAUACUAAAAAUAAUAAUAAUAGUAAUAACAAUAAUAAUAAUAAUAAUAAUAAUAAUAAUAAUAAUAAUAAUAAUAAUAAUAAUAAUAAUAAUAAUAAUAAUAAUAAUAAUAAUAAUAAUAAUAAUAAUAAUAAUAAUAAUAAUAAUAAUAAUAAUAAUAACAAUAACAAUAACAAUAAUAAAAAAAAUAAGGAUCUUAACUUACAUGGAAAUAUUAUUGAAAAUGUUUUAUAUCAAAUUAAUCAAUUCCCAAGUUUAUAUAAUGUAGAAGAUAAUAUCAUAUUAUCACUCAUUCAAAUUUUAAUUAAAAAGCAUUUAGUUGAUAUCAACCUUUUAAAGAGUUUAUUCCCAAAUUAUCAUACAGAUAUUGAUUCUAUCGAUUCAGAAAUUCAAUCUCCUCCAUCUUCUGAAUUAUCAUUUGAUAAUUUAUUUGAUAUUCAUUCCAUAGCGGAUAUUGUUAAAAUAAAAGAAUUAAUUGAAUCAUUAUUAAAUAAUUCAGAUCCAAAUAACGUUUCAAUUAUGAAAAGAUUAUUUGAUUUCAUAAAGAAUCAUUUAAUUAAUUCAUUUGAUUAUCAAGAUAAAUUAUUGAAUGUUUUAUUUAAUGCAAAAAAUAUUGAUUAUGAUUCAAACAAAUUAUUGAUUGCAGUAAUUAUGUAUAUAUUUUCAGAUCCAUUAGUUAUUGACACAAUUGAUGUUCAUGGUUAUACUUUAAGAUUGGUUAUGAUAUUAAUUGAUGUUUGUGAAUCAUAUGGAUCAUCAACUACUGCAACCACAACGGAAGAUAUCGAUAUUUUUAAAAAUGAAAAUGAUAAUCAUGAUCAAAAACAUUUAUAUUUUUAUUUUACAAUUCCUUUUAAUUUAUUGUACACUUUAUUAAUUAUACUUUAUGAUGUUAAAAAUAAUAAAUAUAAUUUAGAUUUAAUUAAAUCAAAAUUAUCAGAAUCACUUAAUAAUAAAAAUAAUAGCAGAAAAUCAAAAAGUAACAAUAGCAGUAAUAAUAGCAUUAAUAACAUUAAUAAUAAUAAUAAUAAUAAUAAUAAUAAUAAUAAUAAUAAUAAUAAUAAUAAUAAUAAUAAUAAUAAUAAUAAUAACUUUAUUCAAUGGAUAUAUAAUAUGAUUAAAGAUACAAACUUUAGCAAUGGCAAUGGAGUCAAUAAUGUUAGUACUUCUUUUGAAUUCCAAUUUUUAAAGAAUUUAUUCGAUUCUGAUUUAGGUGAAGAUAGUAUUGAAAAGUUUCAAAAUUUUUCACAAAGAGAAUAUUCAUCAUGGGAUAUUGUUUCAAAAUUACCAAAUGUUUUAUAUAACAUUUUCGAUUGUUAUGAUAGAAAUAUAAUCCAAGAGGAGAAAGUUACUCAAACUAUGCAAUUAUUAUUCCAAUAUAUACCAUUCUCACCUAUAAUUGUAUUUGAUUAUUUAUCAAAGACUAAAUCAUCAUUUUUCAAUGUUUCACCAUCGUCAUCAACUACAACCACAACAACUACGACAUCAACAACAACCACAAUAACAACAACAACCACCAACUCUUCCGCAUAUUCAACCACCACCACUACAUCUGCUUCAACAUCUCUACCAAAAAGUACUGAUGGUAAGUUGUUAAAUGGUAAAUCUUCAAACACCUCAACAACAACUACUAAAAAUAAUGGUGAUACCCCAACUAUCACUACCGUAAUCACAACUAUGUCCUCUAAAAAUGAUAAACCAUUAAGUUUAGUAGAAGCUUGUCUUACAAAUUUAAAUGAAAAUCGUUUAUUAUUCCGUUUAUCCGAUUAUUAUAAAUCAUUAAUUUCUGAAGAUCAUUUAAAUGAUUUAUAUAAAUUAUUUGAUCCAAUUUCUGAAACAAUAAAUUUAUUAUUAUUAUCACCAAAAUUACAGAAAUUUAAUGAACUUGGAUAUUAUUCAAAUCAAUCAACAUUAUUUAAUUCAAUUUGUUUAACAAAUUUAUCACCACCAAAUCAACUUUCAAAUAUGACACCAGCCAAUGCAAUUCGUCAAGUGAUUGAUCAAUUCCUAACGAAAUCUGUAUCACCAAAUCUUUCAAAUUUAGAACGUGAUAUAAAGUAUAUCCAUAUGAGACUUUCAAAUGAUCUCUGUCAAAUUGUAAAUUUAGUUUCCUUAGAGAUAUUGGAUAUCAUUCUACAAUCAUGUCAAAUUGAAUCACUUUACUCUAUUAGAGCUAUGGAAUUGGGUGGUUACAUAUUGGGUGGUUUAAUUGGUAUUGAAUCUUUACCAAUCCUUUUGAAUUCAAUUAUACCAUCUUGGUCUGAACAUAUUCAAACAUCGCUUCAUGGUCAAUUGUUAAGUUAUUUCUGUUUCUCUUCAAUUGUAAACUCAAAUGCUUUGUAUUACAUUCAAACUGAUCUUUGUAUUCAACAAUCAUUUAAAAAGUUCUUCCUAUUACUUAAUGAUACUAUGAAAAGAAUAUUAUCAGUUGCUCCACUUAAUGGUUUAAUAACUUUUUGUCUAUCAACCAUAACUUUAUUCAUUCAUUUAAAUCAUUCUUCAAUUACAACUUAUCUCUAUAAUUCAUCCUCGAAUACCCAAUUAAUUAAUCAACUCUAUGAAAUCAUUUCAAAAAAUCAAUCAUUAAAAAAGAAACAAAAAUUAAAACAAAAGAAACAACAACAUAACAACAAUAAUGGUGGUGAAUAUAAUAUCGAUCAAGAUCAUAUCGAACAAAUUCAACAACAACAACAACAAUACCAAAAACAACAACAACAAAGAAAAGAUGAACCAAACUAUGAAAAACUUGAAGAAUUCAUUAAAACCCAAUAUCAAAGAAAUAACCAUUCAAAAUUAAAAUCAAUAUUUAAUAUCCUUUCAAUCUCUCAAUUAGAAGAUUUAUCAAUGUCAAUUUUGAAUCUCUCCAAUUUCUUUUUAGCGAUAUCGAUAUUUGAAGAUAAAAAUGAUCUUCAAUACUGUUCAAAAUUAUUUAAUUAA